UGAUUAUUAACGCCAAUGUGUAUCCGAAUAUUGCGGUGACUCCAUCACCUCCCUUUUUGGAUACCUUUAAAAUCUGUACACCAUUACCAUUUUGGCUUUCACAAUCACAACAAACCAAAUCCCAAACUACCACUCCAUUCUACCUUUCCCCAACACCCCUUGUUUGGUUCUCGAGAAAAUUUCAAGAAUAUCAGAGAAUCUAAACCUAGAUUAUUAUUAAAUCUUUUAAAACUAUAUAUAAGUGUACCAUUAAUAGUAUUAUUUAUUCGUUCAUUCGAAAGGUUUUUUUUUUUUUAGGGUUUGCUGUUAAUUUGAUUAAAUUGUUUAUUUAAAUAAUAAUUUAGAAGACAAUGAAAUUUGGGGAGACAUUCAAAGAGUAUUUGCUGAAGGAGCAAGAAGGAUCUAUUAAUAAUUGUUCCCAUAUUGAGUAUAAGCGGCUCAAAAAAGUUCUCAAGAGCUGUAGGAGUUGUAAACAAUUGGAGGAUUUUUGCGAUGACGACAAUCAAGCUGCUAAGCAACAAUUAUGUCAAUGUCAAUCCUGCCCAUUGUGUGAUCAGACGUUUUUCUCAGAGUUGAUGAAGGAAGCCUUAGAGAUUGUUGGAUGUUUUAGUUCCAGAGUCAGAGACCUCCGUCCUCUUCACAUUUCCACUGGAAUGCAGAGAUACUUAAUGCAAUUGCGUAAAUGUUUCAAGAAUGAUCAACAGAACAUGGUAGAAGAAGGAAAGAUGCUGAUUGAAUAUGCUACAAUGAAUGCAAUUGCAAUCAGGAAGAUCCUUAAGAAGUAUGAUAAAAUACAUUGCUCUGAAAAUGGCAAGAAUUUCAGAUCAAAGAUGCAAUCAGAACAUAUUGAACUCUUGCAAUCACCUUGGCUUAUUGAAUUGGGUGCUUUUUAUCUAAACCUGGACACAUCGGAUGGGGGACAUGUCAGUGGGCUUUCUGGACAUUUUUCGAGUGAUCUUGAUGCCACGCCCCCUGUAAUGACUAUGAUACUUCCAGAUUCUAAAAAGUUGGACUAUGAUCUUACUUGUGCUGUAUGCUUGGAAAUGGUUUUCAACCCAUGUGCUUUGAGCUGUGGCCAUCUUUUCUGCAAUGCAUGUGCUUGCUCAGCUGCGUCUGUGAUGAUCUUCAAAGGACUAAAAACAGCAAGUAGAGAAUCAAAGUGCCCAAUUUGCAGAGAGGCUGGAGUAUAUACGAAAUCAGUGCAGAUGUUGGAACUUGAUAUGCUAUUAAAAAGAAGGUGCAAGGACUACUGGAAGGAGAGAAUGAAUGCAGAAAGAGUGAUAAUCUUGAAGCAAACCAAGGAAUUUUGGGAUUCACAGACCAAGUAUAUGAUUGGAUAUUGAUGGUGCUUUUCUCUCUUAUUUUUACCCUACAAAACACCAUAUGGGACUAAAAAGUUCGAUGGUGGCUUGAACAUUCUUAGUUUUAAAAGAUUUUUUUUUUAGUGCUCAAUAAACUUGGUCGAUUUGUUUAAGAUGAAAGUGCAAUGAAAGCAUCAAAACUUCAGUGGAAUUUGACCUUUCAUAGUUAGUUGCAUAAAAGUAUCUUUUUGCUUGUGUUUAUUUAAUGGAUUUAUGGUUUAUUUGCA